CAAAGCUGCUGACUUGUGGAACAUUCAGAACCGAGCCAUCCAAAAAUGUUGACAAAAAUUUUAAUCAUCGCCUUUGCAGUUGUAGGCGCUUCGGCUAAUCUCAAUUUCCAAAAUUGUGGAUCACAAUCAAACAUUCAGGCUCUUAGGAUUCGAGGUUGCGAUUCGCUACCGUGCACGUUCGUAAGAGGAGGUUCGUACUACGGCGAAAUAGAUGUUGUUAAAGCGGUAGCCACUCCAGUUUUACCGACCGAGCUUUUUGUAGUACCCGGAUUCCCGUUUCCUGCAAUACGAAUUUUUGAGGGAGAUCUAUGCGGAGAAAUUAUUGACGGCUCUUGUCCUACUGUAGCUGGACAGUUCCACAGAAUUAGAAUCUAUAUCGAUAUACCAGCAACUGGUUUGCCACCGGUGAACAGUAUCAAUGUAAGAAUUGUAGUAAGAGAUGGUCAUGGCCAAACGCAAAUGUGCAUACAAUUUGGAGUGAGUGUGGACUGAACACGAAUGCGCUAAGUUCUCUUUAAAUAUUUAAUAAAACUUGUUUUUACUGCAAAUCAG